AUGGGCAGACUUAUCAAGAACCACUGGGCAAGGCUCAUCAUCCUGAGCUCGGCAGCUUACCAAAUUGCCGCUGCUCUGGAGGGCUUCUUCUGGCCAAAGAUAUUCUUCGACUUUCUGACGAAGACACUGGAUCCAGCUGUGAAGCCAUUCCCGAUAUUGCAAAUUAUCAAUUUAGUGAUGGGCAUAUUGCUAUUUGCCUGGGAGUGGCCGCUGGGAUUCAUUGCGGGAUCAUCGAUCCACCGGAGCCUCGAGGCUCGUCUGGCAGUGCUGCCGCUGGCGGCUCUCGCCUCCAUUCUCAUCUACCAGGGAACCAACGCUGCACUGUACUACGUGGUUGCCAUGGUUGUGUAUUUCUGGGCAUACAGCGAGGGCGAGAUCAUCUGCGCCAAGCCCUGGACACUACCUCAACGAGGCGGUCGUGGUGGCCGAGUCUAA